AAUGAUACUGACAAACCGUGCACAAUAGGGUUAGAAGUGGAAAGAAAUUUGUAUGAAAAACAUUAUUGUCUAGAAAAUGUAUAUAUGACCAAUCAUGGAGCGCGUCUUUUCCGUUAAGCCCCGCCCAGUUGAGAACGUUCAUCGGUGUUUGUGUGUGUGAGAAUGAGAACAGCGCCGACUGUCGUGAUGCCGUGAGCGGGAGGACGAGCCGCCGAGAGCCGCUGUUGUUAUGGAGAAACUUUAAUGCCUCUUAAUGCGUCAGAAAACGACUGAAAGACACAAUGAACAAACGUCAAUAUUCGGAUUGAGUUCAUUCGGAGAAACAGAUAUUUCCGUCAGUGUCCAAUAAUGAACGGUUGACAAGAAGAUGAUGAGAUUUCGUUGGCUGUCAUGGGCGUGUGAAUCAGAUCUGGAGUGAUUGGAGAAGCGUCGGUGGAUUGUGAGUAAAGUGAAUCAUAUGGCUGAACAUGCGGAGCUGCUCGCUGAAAUGAACACAGUCGGCCGUCUCUCAGCCACCGAGCGUCUGAAACAUGCACAGAAGAGACGCACACAACAGCUCAAAGACUGGGCUCAGAUUGAGAAGAACAGCACUCACAACAGCGCUCAGAAGAGAGACGGAAAGAAACGGAAGGUGACUUUCCCCACUAACAUCACAUUACUGGAGGCUGCAGCCAGAAAUGAUCGAGAUGAAGUGCGAGAUCUGCUGAACAAUGGAGUCAGUCCAGAUCUGGUGAAUGAAGACGGACUCACAGCGCUUCAUCAGUGUUGUAUAGAUGAUUUUGUGGAUGUGGCGCGUUGUCUUCUGGAUGCGGGUGCGAAUGUCAACGCGUGUGACAGCGAGCUGUGGACUCCACUACAUGCAGCAGCCACCUGCGGUCACACAAACCUCGUGCAGCUACUGCUGGACACGGGUGCUGCUCUGUUGGCAGUGAAUGCAGAUGGGAAUAUGGCGUAUGAUCUGUGUGAGGACGAGGCGACUCUAGAGCUGAUAGAGAUGGUGAUGGCUGAUCAGGGAAUCACUCAGGAGCGGAUCGAUGAAUGUCGCGGAGCUAAAGAGAGCGAGAUGCUGCGAGACCUGCGUGAGGUGCUGGAGAACGUUGGAGAUCUGAGCCUGACAGACGAGCAGGGCGCGAGUCUGCUGCACAUAGCCGCUGCUAAUGGAUACGUGUCUGUGGGUGAACUGCUGCUGGAGAAUAAAGUCUCUCCUGAUGACCGAGACAAUGAUGGCUGGACGCCACUUCACGCUGCCGCCUGCUGGGGACAGAUUCAGAUGGUUGAGCUCCUGGUUGCCAACGGUGCGAGUUUAAACGCCAGGUCUGGACUGGACGAGACUCCUCUGGAUGUUUGUGGUGAUGAGGAGGUCAGGGCUAAAAUAAUGGAGUUAAAACAGAAACACGACGCCAUCAUGAAGGGUCAGGAAAAACACAAGAGCGAUCUACAGAGACGAGUGUCCAGCGCCGGCAGCAGAGGUAAAGUGGUGAGACGCAGCAGCGUGAAUGAACGCAGCAGUCUGUACCGCAGAGAACAUCAGAAAGAAGCCAUGGUGUGGCAGGAGAGACAGACGGAUGCUCUGGAUGAUGAUGAAGACAGACAGACGGAUGCAGAACUCAAUGCUGCACUGGUGUCUGGUCUUCAUUCACCUGUCAUCUCCUCAUCACAGGCGGCUGAAGGGCAGAAUGGAGCACAGGACUCAGUGUUGGGCAACGGCAGCGUGCUAGCGUUAUCUUCACUUCCGGGAGAGGGCCAGAGUGGAGGUCGCAGGGACCGCAGCGCCUCCUAUCAGCUCACCUUUGACGAAGACAGUAUGAGCAGAGAGAGAUCUCACCAAACGCUCGCCGAUCUCAAACGACAGAGAGCCGCGGCUAAACUGCAGAAACACCCCGCUCCUCCAUUACCUGUGUCCGCUGACCCCCGGGGCAAUGAGCCCGUCACAGAAGAGUCUCCUGCAUCAGAACAGCUGGACGAGAGCGCUUCUGAUGCCGUGUACUUUACUCCAUCGAGUGGAGAUCCACCGCUGCUGAAGCUGAGAGCGCCGGAGGAGGAGGACACGAGCAACACCAAAGAGCCGUGCUGUAGACUCAUGUAGAGUCUCUCUUACAAUAUCAGGCAGGAAUGUCAACGUCCACGUAUCCAACACUUCAUAUGGAUGUUGGUAUGAGGGACACACGUCCGCACAGCUUCUGAUGAUCACAAAUAUACAGAAAUAAACAGAAGACAGUUAUAAUAUAUAUUUGUGUUAGAUUCUUAGCAAUCAGACAUGUGCAAUAUUUCACACGCUGUACGGUUCCUUCCUUCUGUUGAAUGAAGUGAAACUGUUCCGAUGUUCAGAGAUGGUGUGUUAUCAUCAGAUCUUUACCUGAAUCACAAUCAGACACUUCAUCUUUCAUGAAGAAUCAAGGGUUUAAGUGCCGUGAAUGUGGGGCCGAACUCAAAAUAUAUAGAACAAACAUUUCAAAGAAGAAGGAAACAUUUGGAUUAAAAAGAACAUGAUGGUGAUUUUUAAUGAUCAUUUCUAUCAAAUAUUUUACAUGACAUCAUUAAGUUUAUAAUGAUUAACAUUAAGUCGAGUUUAUAAAAAGCUGUUUAAUGUGUAGAAAACAUUUGUUACAGUUGAUCAGUCGCUGUGAUCACAUUAGAUGUCAUUACAGUAAACACCAAACUCUCUCUCUUCUGCUUACACAUCAAUGUUCAUUAUGUCUCUCGAUAACUAAAGUAUAUAUCCAUCCUUCUGACAAUGCACUGACUGAGAUGCAGAUGAAUCACGUCCAAGAAGCAUCUUCAUUGUUUGAUUGAUGUGAACUGUUUAAUUUAUAGUUUAAAUUAUUAUUUGCGUUUAUUCUCUCCUAUGAUAUCAAUGUUAGCUGAAUCAGUUUGUGAUUCAUAAAAUUCAAUUCAAAACCAAAAAUAAAAUCUCUGGCUUUAUUUAAACAGAUGGUAAAUGUGAUGACUCGCUGAUAUGAAUUGAUUGAUAUUGCACUUGAUAAACUAUUUUAAUAUGUGCAGUAUUUACUUCAUCGUUGUCAUAAGGUUUGUUAACAAAACAUUUCUUAUUUUUGUAGGGAAAUUAUUGAGAUACUAUAAUGUUUCUAAAAAACUGUGGUCUGUAAAAAUGUUUAAAAGAAUGUUUUAUUGAUUUUUGUUUUUUGUAAUGAAUGAACUUUAAAGUUUUGCGUGACUGUCACACAGUUGCUGUCUCUUCCCUUUUUUUCCUCUGAUUAAUAAACCUUCUGUAAAUAAAUACA